CGCGAAACCGCAUUACACUCUUCACCCUUCCACCAAACGGAGAAAAACAACCGCGGCGCAUCGCUAAAAGUCACGCCCGGGCCCCACAGCACCCCACACGCACCCCUCCUCUACUUCUCCGCCCGUGAAACAACUUCUCCCCGCCGCUUUCGUGUCCGGGAGCCGUUAAACCGCCGCGGACGCGUCCCGGGGAACCGAACUUGAGGGGAUUAGUUUCAGCCCCGCGGCGGAGGAACACGGCGGUGGGAUGGGUUGUGCGGUGUUCAAGAUGGCGGCGCCCUGUGGAGUGCAGCUACUCUAACAGUGGUGGGUGCAGAUUGUAGCGUGGGUGGGGCUGCCGGGUGGACCCCCCUCACAGAGCACUGGCACCAUGUCCCGGGAGCAGCCCAGUGUGGGCGACCUGCUGCCCCACCUGGAGACCUCCGACCUGCAGCAGCUCGACCAGAUCCGAGGCCUUAUCAACGAGCAGCUCAGCACCGAGCGAGGGUCCAUGCUGCUCAAUGGGUUAGUGGACUACUAUCUGGAAACCAACUCGACCCAGGCCGUGCACAUCCUCUGCUCUGUGCGCGAGCCUCAUGACAAGCACCUUUUGGACAAGAUGAACGAGUGCAUGACCAAACAAGCGUGUCGGCUGCCCACCCUCACCCUCCUGGGCCACGUCAUCCGCAGACAGCCGUCCUGGAUCCACAAGAUUGCCCGCCACCCCCUGCUUCUGUCGCUGCUUAAAUGUCUCAAGACGGACACAGACGUGGUGGUGCUGAUCACUGGGGUGCUGGUGCUCAUCACCCUGCUCCCCAUGAUCCCUCAGGCCGGAAAGCAGCACCUCUGGGAGUACUUCGACAUCUUUGGACGUCUGGCCUCCUGGAACCUCAAAAACCCUGGCCAUGUUUCUGAAGUGUACCUGAUCCAUCUCCAUGCCAGCGUCUACUCCCUGUUCCACCGGCUCUAUGGCAUGUACCCCUGCAACUUUGUGUCCUACCUGCGCUCGCACUACAGUAUGAAGGAGAACAUGGAGACAUUUGAGGAGGUGGUCAAGCCAAUGCUUGAACAUGUUCGUAUUCACCCAGAAUUAGUGACCGGAACUAAGGACCAUGAAUUAGAUCCGACAAGGUGGAAAAAGUACGAAAUCCAUGACAUCGUAAUUGAAUGUGCCAAAGUGUCCCUGGACCCAAAGGAGGCGUCGUGCGAAGAGGGCUACGCCACCAUGCCCGAGAACUUCUACCCCCAGGUCCACAUCAGGCCUCAGGAGUGCACAUCCAGCCCCUACACGGACCUCCACAGCAGCUAUGGGAGCUCCUCUUCGACCCCGUUCUCCACGCCACGGCAGCCCCCGCCCCUGUCCUUGCCCCCCUUCUCAGGGACACUCUCCUCCUACCGCAGCCCGCAAACCUCCAGACGCCAGAACUCGGCUGGUGAGCUGAACUCUUCCUGUAGUGGGAAGGACCCUCUGUGGAGCCCCUCCUCCAUGUGCGGGAUGGCCACGCCCCCAUCGUCCAGAGGCAUGUCGCCCAAUCUGGAGCUGUCACAUAGCUCCUCCCACCUGCCUAGCCGCUUCCACUGCACAUCAGGAGGGAAGGGCACCCCAGCCUCCAGCACUCCGGCCACCUCUUCUCCCCCUCCCACCCUGUCAGACGACUUCCCCAUAAUCUCCUUACCCGCCAACACGGUCCAGUCCAGUCCACCCAGGAAGGAUCGAAAACAAGGAGACAACAAACCCGCCCUGGUGCGCCAAGAACAAGUGAAGGAUUUAGAGAAGAGUGCAGAGGUCUCCACAAGCCAAGAAGUAGGAGCAGAAGAGAAUGUCUCCAUGACUCUGAAUGAGCUGUCGGUCUUUAUGAAGAAACAGGAGAUGGAGCUUCAGCUUAAACCAGAGAAGGAGAAAGAGGAGGCUGCCAUCACCGAAGAGCUCCGGAAGCUGACGGAGGACAAGCAGGAGCCGCUGGGCAUGAGGGGCUUCGACUCUCCGUUCUACCACACCACUGAGACUCUGACGGGCUGCCAGGACAAAACCCUCUCCAACACCCAGGCGGGGGUCUCCGGCCGCGACCCCCACCUCUCCAACUCCACCCCAGACAAGCUUGACGUCGACGGCACUGUGAUGAACUCUGCCCCCGAGAGCCGACCCCCGAACCUGGAUCAGUCGUGGCCCUUUCAGUCCGGCUUCACCCCCAUCCAGCAUCACCUCCACCGCAGCCCCUCCGCCCCCGACGACGCCACCAAGUACGGCAUGUUCUCCCCCAGCCCGUGCAGCAAGACCCCGCCCGCCCCCGUCCCAUACGAGUCCUUCUUCGACCUGGCCCUGCCCCGCGCCGCCUCGCUGUUCGUGGGCAAGAAGACGUCCGAGGCGGUGCACAAGGCGGCCAUCGAGAGGGUGCUGCAGAGGGAGGAGGGGCUGGAGGACGGGGACGAGGAGGGGGUCAUGUCCGCCUCGCCCCUGGAGGUGUUGGACCGACUGGUGCAGCAGGGAAGCGACGCUCACGAUAAAGUGCUGAAGAGAUUACCUUUGCCAAGUAAGUCAGCUGACUGGACACACUUUGGAGGAUCGGCCCCACUGGACGAGUUGCACACUCUGCGCAGUCAGCUCCUCCUGCUCCACAACCAGCUGCUGUACGAGCGCUACAAGAGAGAGCAGCACGCCGUCCGCAACCGCCGCCUGCUCCGGAGGAUCAUCAACGCCACUGCCCUGGAGGAGCAGAACAACGCUAUGAAAGACCAGCUGAACCUGCAGAGCGUCGACAUCUCCUCCCUCAGAGAGAGCCUCCACGUGGAGCAGCAGAGGUACACGCAGCUGUGGGACGACCGUGAGAAGGUGGUGACCCAGCUCCAUAGCCAGAUCCGACAGCUCCAGCAGGGCCGUGACGACUACUACACCAAGAACCAGGAGCUCCAGAGCAAACUUCAGGAAUGUCAGAAAAGGAUGGACGAGCUGGAGGCAGAGCUUCAGACAUCCAAUAACAAAGUCUGUCACACUGGGCACCUCCUCAACCAAAUGACCAUCAAGCUGAGCACCAGUGAGAGCACCCAGCAGCAUAUGAGCUUCCUGAACAAGCAGCUGCUGCUCCUGGGGGAGGCCCAUAAGCUGGCCAUGCAGGAGCUCCGGCACGCCGGCCCCGACAACACAAAGGAGGCUCAGAUGCUGGCAGCGUCCUGUGGCAGAGAGGUGGAGGCGCUGAGGCACAGUCUGCUGCAGCAGGGACAGAAGCUGGAGGCCGCCCAGCAGAGAGUGUCCGAGCUGGAGACGCUGCUCACCAAGAAGGAGCACCUCAUCGCAGAACAGAAGAAGUUUUUAGAAGAUGUCAAAGGACAAGCAAGGACUGAGCUGCAGGCCUCAGACAGCAGGUACCAGGCUCAGAGGAGGAUCUCUCAGCUUCUUCAGACUGAACUACUGCAGCUGUACAGCCGCGUGGAGAUGGACACUCCCACCAGCACCUCCUCCAAAGCAACAGCAGAGGGCAGUGCAGCCAAGCAUGCUCCAGCUGACUCCAGUGUCUUGGUGCCUGAGAGAGCAGGUCAGAGCCGCGGCCUGGAGAAGACCACUCCCUCACAUCCACACGACUCCCCGCGAGGUAACGGCAGCACUUUACCCUGUACCACCAUCUCUUCCACUGCCCUGUCCAGCUCCAUGAACGGCAGCCAGGAUCACACGCUCCACCAGCACCCGCCUCCCCCUCUGCUGGUGGAGCCCUCGUCCCUGCCCUGCCCCCACGGCGACGCCCCGCUCACCGUCGGCUCCUACCCCAGCGCCAAGAGCUUCCUGGGCAUGAGGGCCCGCGAGCUCUUCCGCAACAAGAGCGAGAGCCAGUGUGACGACGACCAGAGCCCCCCUCCGCAGCCCCGCCUCUCCGGCCUGGCCCACACCCUCAAGACGGACAUGUGCGUGGAGCCAUCCCCCUGCUCCGGACAAACCCCCAGACCCAACGCCCCCGCGGCCUCCGUCACUGUGCCCGCUAAAGAGCCCGCCAAAGAGCCCGCGUCGGAGCAGGCCCGGCCCAGAGCGGGGAGCCAGGAGAGCCCGCGGAGGAAGGCGGUGGGGGGGCGUGGACACGGCGGUCGUCCCCGGCAACAGCAGCUAAAGAUCAUGGACUAUAACGAAACGCACCAUGAGCACAGUUAAAACGUGAUCAGGGGGGUGCUGUUACCUGAUCUGGAUCCCUACCUGAUUUGGAUAGAUUUUUUGAAUUGCCAUACUUUUGCACAAGUUGCUACGGUAACACUACUUAGUCCAAUGUAUUUUUUAUUUUAUUUUUUUGCGUCUUUCCUAUUUCAUUUUCACAUUUUUUUAUGUGGUUAACUUCCAAUUGCAGUUAUGUUAUUUUGAGAGUCAUAUACUGUUUUUUUUUCAUUAAACUUACCAAAAUAACAGUCUGCUAUGAACUUCUCAAUGCUAUUGCCGAACGAGAAAAUUUUAAACAUUUUGAAGAUUACAAAUUGGGCAGGGAUCCAAAUCUGGUAAUGACGUGAAGAGACUUUCUGGACAAAGAUGGCUACAAUUGAGCUAAAAGAGUAACGUCAGCAGUUCAGUGUUAUAUGUAUCAUUCCUCAAAGUGGACAACAGGAUUAAGAUUUUCUUUUUUUUUUUUUCUUCUUUUUUUUGUCCAGUUUUACUCAUUCAUUCCCCCCAAAAGAAUGUUAUAAAGUAUUACCAGUUAAGAAGCUAAUGCUAAUUUCCGCAUCGCAAGAAGUGGCUGGUUUGCUAAAGCUAGCCUAGCGUUAACUUGAAAUUCCAUGAAGAUGACAGAACCUUUUACUAUUCUGGAGAUAUUAACUGUUUUUUUUUUUUGUUUUUUUUUUAUCACAUUUCAUAUUACUGGAUUAGAAUAAUAUAUGCAAAGUAAAAAAAUAAUAAAAUGUGGCCUCAUUUUUUAAAUUGAAAUCCCAUUAUUAUAAACGGACUAUUCUAGCAAAAAUAAUUAUCAAAAGUAUAAGACAGAAGACUUUUGUUACCUGGACCACUGAGGGAUUACACAGAUAUAAGGUCACAUGGUAAUAUAAAACAAACAACUAUGAUAUAAUGUUGAAAAUCAUGUUGACUAUAGAGCUUUUUCACAACAGCCGGAAGUGCCACGCUGUAGGUUUGUAGGAACUUCCGGUUAAUGGUUUUCUUUGUCAAAAUGUGUUUGUAAAUGUCUGGUGUAUUCUUCAUCAGCUUCAUAAAUCUGCCCCAUCACCAAAGCUUCAUCCAACAAGGUCCACAAAGGAUAAACAUUCGUCCAUGAAGAAUUUAUCCACAACUAUCAAAGUAAGAAAGACCAAAACUUAAAGGAGAACAACGAUGCAUUAGUGACCGAAAACAAAACAAAAGUAACUUGUUAAUUCAGACUGAUUCAACAGUUAAAGGGCCCAUCUCAUGCAAAAUCAACUUUUCAGAGCUUUCUACCUUCUCAGAGUGAUGUGUGGGCCUUGUAUAUGUCACCAAAGUGUUUUUUAGAUUUAUUCUGCGUUUUUUUAAACAAAUCGUAGCAUAUUUCUGCCACCCUCCCACAUGACAUCGAACUAGAGCUGCUACAACGAUGACGUGGCAGCUACACCUAUGACAUGUUGGGCUGACAAUUCCCACAUGAACACCUAAACAAAAGCGACAGCAUAAGCUCAUUGUUCUACACUGCAGUGAACACGAUAUAAUAAGUUUAUCUAGUGUUUAUUUAUACUUAACCAAUCAGCAGCGCAGUGCACCUCAAAGUCCUCGUCCCAUUCUGGGUCCAGCACAUGCGGCUGAACGCGCUGUAUCUCCAUGAUGAAUAAGUUUAUUCCUGCCGCUAUCAGGGUGCACACCUGUCUCCCCCUCCCUCCCUGAGAUGGGCGGAGGAAGGGUGGCUCACUCAGAGCCUGCAUCACGUUUGGAGGGCGGAGCCUGUGCUUUCUCAGGACGGGCGGGGAGAUGAACAAUAGCCGGCCUUUCAUAGUUCCCGGUCUGUGAUGCCUCCAAGAAAUCAGUAAGAUUUCAGAACUAUUGUGUAAUAGAUGUUCCAAUGUGAAAAGAGUUAUUUUGCAUGAGAUGGGCCCUUUAAAAUAAUAAUAAAAAAUUUAAAAAAAAUGAUUUCAUGAUGUUGAGAUUAGCAUAGAUACAUAGAUUUGUGCAGUCUGAAUUCAAGACAUCUCUAACAUAACUCAUAACUCUAAUGCUAGUUCUCCUUUAACUUUUCAUCUUUCUUCCCUUGAUAGUUGUGGAUAAAUUCUUCAUGGACGAAUGUUUAUCCUUUGUGGACCUUGUUGGUUGAAGAUUUGGUGAUGGGGCAGAUUUAUGAAGCUGGUGGAGAAUAUACGACCAGACAUUUCCACACACAUUUUGCCACAGAAAACUAUUAACGGGAAGUUUCGGAAACUUUACAGCGUGACACUUCCUUCCACUGUGAAAAAGAUCUAAUGUUUUAAAGAAAGUGUGUUUUUUUUUUAUUAUCAUUGUGGUAUCGGCAUUGGUAUUGAGUAUUGAAAUUUGAGUUUGAAAUUUUAGUAUCUUGAUAACGCUAAAUACUAUUUUAAUUUCACUUUUCAAUUGUUAACAAAAUCGACUCAUAUCUGCCGUGUUGCUAUGACAGGCUCAGCAUAUGCCGCUAACGCUAAUCGACAAAACCAGGCAAACUUGAGCUACUUUGCAUCUAUUUACUCAUCACACAUGUUGUCAUCCCCACACAAGCUUAUCUAAACUGUAUAAGCCUUUCUUUUAAACGCUGUAUUUGCCUGAACAGAAUUACCUCCAAUUUGAAAAACACCAACCUGGAUCUCGCCGGAUUUAUUUAUUUAGAUUUAGCGCUAGGCUAGCAGACGGUAAGAUUUCCGCUUUCCUCUCCAAUAACAAAAGACACAGCCAGGUCCACCAGUGAAUCGUUUCAAACCUGACAAUUCUGGCAAACUGCUGUGUUGAUGAUUUGGAAACAGGUUGUCCGCUGCAUUCCUACGGAAACGCGAUUCUCGGCCAUCGCAAAUACACAAACAACUUGAAGCAGCUUGUCCAAUGUUUGCUGUCAUUUCUUAGAAUCCACUUGGACAAAUGCAGAUUAUUUGUCUUUUAAAAUGAUAGUUUAUGUAAAAGCACUUUGGGUUCAUUUCUUGGUCUUAAACAUUCCACAUUUUUUUGAUUUGGAGUCGCUGCUAAUAUAUAUAGUUAAACUUUUAAAGGCGGACUAUGUAAAUUAUUAUUGCACUGACUAGAAUGUCUGGUAAUCACCUGCUUGUCUACAUGGAGGUGAAGGGCUGCAACGAAAGGCUCGAUAAUCAAGCUUACGUCACAAACCAGGAAGACAUUUGGAAACAUGCGAUGACAACUUCCGGUGUAGUUACCAACACAGGGCUCGCUGAUCGAUUGUGAUCAAACCCGUUGAAGUAAAUGUGAUUAGUGGUAAAAUGAAGAUUGUGUGGAAUCAUCUGGAAUCUCUUCUAAUCGCAUGUACCCAGUGCGCUCAGAGUUGUGCGUCAGUGGGUAAAUGACGAAAACUGAGGUAUGGUUGGAACUGCUGAUUAGCCGAACAUAACGGAACGGUACAAUGACAUGUCGAUGAAGAAAACUGGGCCAUUUUCUGAAUUUUCCUAGAUUUUGGCAGAUUUACUAUCGCGAACAGAACCCGUUGGAAGUUGUCAUCGCAUGUUUCCGAACGUCUUCCUGGUUUGUGACGUAAGCGUGAAUAGAGUCUAUAAAUCGGAAUAGUUCUGACUAGUCCACUACAGGGAUGCACCGAUUCUGGUAUCGGAUAUCAGCGCCAAUCCAGAAAAAAUUGCUGUUUCCAAAUAUUUAUUCAGCUGAUAACCUGCUUGUUCUUAUCAGCGGAUGUACUAUUUACUGGUUAUGUUCGGCGUAGAAAGUCCUUUAUUUAUACAGAGUUGUUUUGGAGUUACUUGUGGGAUAAAUUAAAGCUACAUAACACAUUUGGGUCAGUUUAAUCUUAUUAUUUUUUAAAGCAAAUAAAUGCCGUUUUCAGCCUCUGCACUGGUAUCGAUUGGUAUUGAGUAUUGGCAGAUAAUUAAAGCCAUAGUAUCCAAAUCUGUAUCAAAAAAGCUGGACUGGUGCAUCCCUAGUUGGCUAUUAAAAUCAUCUUCAUUGUAUUUUGAUAAUCGCAUUUGUUAAACACACACAAAAAGAACUUCAGUCACCAUAUUUCAAUCUUUAUUUUCAUUGAUUUUAUUUAAAAAUCUCCAAGUAUGAGUAAGUUGAAGUUAUUGUUUGACUAAAAGUUUAUUGCAGCUCUUAAUGCCACACUGUGCAACAUUCCAGUCAUAGCAAUACCAUCCCCAUGGAGACGGGAAUGGAACCCUUCACCAAAAAAGUUAUAGUCCACCUUUAACCUUUAUCCACCUAUGUAAACUAAAACUGUAAAAGAUCUGAUAAAAAUGACAUAUUUGCUGUCCCUGUCUCGGCUAACUUGAGCAAGCAGAGAUUUCAUUUCUUGUCAAUAUUGUUUUCACUUUUUUGACUAAAUUAUGCUCAGAAUAACACACUCCUAUGCUAAUCCGCUGAAAAAAUGCAAUAUCUCGCCGCUAUUUACAUGUAUUUAGCCAAAAGGGUGCUCGCGGCGGGCGCACAUCCGGCUUGUUUUCGCAUUUAACCGCCUAGCGCGUCUCCUAAGUGCCACGCAAACCCAGACUUAAUUCAUUUUCGCAUACAGAGAAAUAUUAGCACACAUUCCCCCCAGGUCUAGUGUCGAACUCGGAAUCCUGUUGUCCACUGGGAGCUCUUUCUGUCAUUUCUACCCCUGCCUUUCGCUAACUACAGCAUGUUCAACAAUCCACUUUAAAAUGCCAACCGUAGUAACUCGCAGCCAACCAGGACUGAAGGUACAAUCAGCACAAUGUAAAGGAGACAGACAGACCGAGAGCAGAGCCAUGGCGAAGAUCUGGGACUACACACGGAAAAGAGCGUUCUUAAAAAGCAGUGGCUUGUGUUUAACUGUGAACAAUAAAGAUCGUCUUCAAUGUUUUGCACUA